GUGGGUCACGUGAUAUCUGUCACAUGUUUAGAGGUUAAAUUCCACCUUUUAUCUCAAGUAUUGACAAAAAAAGGAUUUACUCAACAAAUUCAGACUCCUAAAAACUAAAAAAAUGUCUUAAUAAACUUUUAAUUAGCCCUGAUAUCAUACAAACAACACUUUGCCUGCACCGAAGCACAACUGAAAUUAUCUCGUGAUGACAAACAUUGCCGGGGAUUUACUAAAGUGUGUCAACUUCGCCGCCGAGAAACACAAAGACCAGCGACGCAAGAACCCCUCAAAGACGCCCUACAUCAACCACCCCAUUGGAGUGGCCUACAUCCUCACACACGAGGCCGAAAUCGACGAUCUUGAAGUGCUGCAAGCCGCUCUCUUACACGACACUGUCGAAGACACAGCCACGACUUUCGAGGAGAUCGAGCAAGUGUUCGGGAGGCGAGUCCGUGACAUUGUCGAGGAGGUAACCGAUGAUAAAAGUCUGCCGAAGGAAGAGCGCAAAAGACUACAAAUCGAGCACGCCCCAGGUGCCUCACACCAGGCCAAACUCGUGAAACUCGCCGACAAAUUGUACAAUUUGCGAGACUUGGAGAACUCUGCCCCGGAAGGCUGGAGCGAGCAACGGAUCCAGGAGUACUUCACCUGGAGCAGCAAAGUCGUGGCGGGGCUGAGGGGCACGAACCCGGCCCUGGAACGCAGCCUCGACCAGGUUUUCCGACGGAAUCGCGUCCAAAUAUGA